GGCCAAGAGGGUAGGCGUGUCGCGUGCAGCAGCGUAGCCAACGUGUCCUGCAAACCCCGACUCUGGAUUUACUUUCGUGUGGUUCGAGCUGCGACGUGAACUCGGCGGAUACCCCGAACCACGUCGUUGGAAGACCGGCUCCCAUGAUUCCCUUCCUGUAGCAGUUUGGAAGCGCUCGCCAAACAUGAAUGUGGGCGUACGCCAGGUUGGCCUAAUUCCUGCCGGAUGCCAGACAUGGCACGUCAACGUGGCAAGCUUCAGCGGCCAUCGUUUCGCCUACGCAGCUACCCUGGCUGUUUACAUCUACGAGAUGGACGAGUCCAAUGGCGAGUUCAAGCUGCUCGCCAUCAUGGCCGAGCACAAACGCACCGUGACGGCCAUCGACUGGCACCCAACGCGCGAGGAUUGGAUCGCGAGCGGCGGCUUGGACCCUCUGCUGUGCGUGUGGGACAUCGGCCAACGGACGCUGAUCGCGACGCUCCGUGAACCCCUGUGCCUGCCGCUGCUGCUCGCGUGGCGACCCGACGCUCUCGACACGAUCGCCUACGUGUCCGGUAGGGGCCCGCUCCACUCCUGGUCCGUGCCCGAAGGCCCCCGAGAGCCGUGGCGCGAGGCGGCGCAGUUUCAGAGUGCCAUCACUCAGAUGACUUGGCACUCUUCAGGAAAGCUGGCCCUGGGACAUCAGGAUGGCUCCCUGUCCGUCUUGCUGAGCGGUGGUUUUUGCCAGAAGCACGUGCGGCUGCUUCACGACGAGCCUCAGGACAGCGAGGACGCGGACCCACGCAGCGUGGUGGCACUGCGCUGGGACGAGCAGUCGUCGGGCUACCUUCUCGCCGGGCUCCCCAGCGGGCAACUGUUCCUGCUCGACUGGACGACGUCGGGCGAGCCGCAGGUGUUAGCCACGUACGCCUGUCCCAGCAGGGCCACCACCAUCGCCGGACUCGCCUGGGUUCCCGACGCGGCUGGCAUGUUCCUCACGGGAGAUAAGAUGUGCGGGACGCUGCGCGUGUGGAACGUCUCCCGCAACACGCCACUGGAGAACCUGCAGCUUCACGGCAGUGGUUUUCGUACGUUAUGCGUCUGCACCAGCUUCCCGGACAGGGAUCGCGCCUCGGCUGCAGUGCCUUCGGCCGAGUGUGCGCCGUCGCAACAGCCUGCGGGCAGCGGGGUUCGCCUUCCGCCGCACGUGCGAGUGUUGUGCCUUUUCUCAGACGGCGCAGUCGGUCUAUACAACAUUCGCCGACGUUCGUGGGACUUCUUGCGGGAGAUGGCCCACACCGAGACGAUAUUCGACUGCCAGUUCAAGCCUGACAACUGCAACCUUCUUGCCACUGCCGGUUUUGAUGGUACACUGAAGAUCUGGAACAUGGAAACAAUGAAAGCUGUCAUGUCUUCUCCGCCAAGAAACAGCACCAUCUAUUGCUUGUCCUGGGCUCCGUCUGGACAAGACUGCGUCGCCUUGGGAACCGCCAAGAAUGGGCUCCUCAUCUGGGACACCGUGAAGAAUGUACCGAAGAAAGCAAUCCUCGAUCAUGGAAAAGACACAGCUAUAUACUGCGUCGCGUGGAAUCAAACGGACGCUAGAUUAAUAGCUUCAGCGGGAGCAGAUUCAACCUGCAUGAUUCAUCGGACUGAUGGCAAACUUGUACAGACAUUUCACCAUCCCAAGACUGUGUAUGGAUGCGACUGGAAUCCGAACAACGAGAGCAUUUUUGCCACCGCUUGCGGGGAUAGUGUGAUCCGCAUCUACUACCUAGGCAUGGACGGCGGCGUGCCCCUGAAGACGCUGGAGGGACACGCGGAAAAGGCGUUCCGUGUCAAGUGGUCGCCCCUCAGGGACGGUGUGCUGUGCAGCACCUCCGACGACUGCACCAUCCACGUCUGGAACUACACGUGCGAUUCCGCCGUUCGAGUGCUGCGCGGCCACACAGACCUGACUCGCAGCGUUGUCUGGAGCACCGAGCUGAGCCACCUGCUACUCUCUGGCAGCUGGGACGCCACCAUUCGACUAUGGGACACGCGCGAUGGCGUCUGCAUCUGCGCGCUCUUUGACCAUGGUGCCGACAUUUACGCCCUCGCGUGUCACCCCCGAAGACCGUUCCUGGUGGCCUCUUCGUCGAGAGACUCGACAAUCCGUGUUUGGUCCAUGCUGCCCCUCGCGUCCAUGCUGUUCCUGCGCGUCUUGUGCGGCUGGGACUUGGACUGCGUCGUGGCGCCACAAGGUGAGCAGCCUCUCGGGAGGGGCAAGGAGUUACUGUGUGGCUCGGCAGCCAGGCAGCUGAAGAACUGCUACAAGUCGUCUCUAGACGAAGCUGCUCUAAGGGCCUGGAUCCGCCGGGAGUUGGCAACCUUUGGGAUCUACUAA